CAAAGAAGAGGGGGUCAACUUAUUUUCCAAAACACCUGAAGUAGAUACAGAACAUUGGCAUCACCGGCCCCCAUUGUUAUCCUUCAGCUGGAAAUUUUCUGUAGGAAUCAUAAGAAUUAAGCUAUGGAUAUACUUAGGAUCACCUUUUUAUCACACACUUCUAAUUAGUGGAUAUCUGUUUCUACUUGGGAAAGUUUAUCUCUACAUCCAUGAAGAGAUACUGAAUACUGAAAAAGGGUAAAUAGAAAUUACAAAAAGCAUGUGCUGCAGCCCCAAACAUCUGGAAACCUGAACUGGCAACAGUGUAGAGCAGAAUAAGAGUCUGAGUAUGUGAAUGAAGGUGUAGAUGGUCUACCUUUCUGCGGCAGAAAACUGCAAGAGAGGAAAAAUAUCCUUAUUCUGAAACUGAGUUUGUCCUUUGACUCUAAUAGUCAGCUUUUACAAUUUGAGCAUGGUCUGCAUUCAUAUAAACUAGACUUCCCAAAAAGGAAGCUUUCCAUAAUUCCAGGUUGUUGGGAAAUUUGUAAAUAGAAGUCCAGAGACAAUGUGGAGGAUAUGGCUAUAAUAAGACAUUGAUGUCAAACAAUAUGUUUGACGUUCUAGUUCAACCAUACAGGGGAUCCCACCACAAUGGAAAAGCAUAUUACAGUGUUACAAAAAGAAACCACUCUGAAUGUUAUUUUGGCAUUUUAUUUUUCCCCUUCAUAAUAUUGGUAAUCUAACUAUAUUUUCUUCUUGAACCUUUACAUAAAACCCAGACAAACAAAGGAGGAAUGAAGAAGAACAACACAACCUUUUGGGUGGAAUUUGUUCUUGUUGGACUUCAGCAUCAAAGGUCACCCACCAUUUUUCUUGGUUUCAUCCUCCUCAUGUUUGUAAUUGCUCUUGCUGGAAAUAGUCUUCUUCUGUUGGUGGUUAAAAUGAGCUCCAGUCUUCAGACACCAAUGUAUUAUUUCCUCAGUCAAUUGGCUUUUAUGGACCUUUGCCAAAUCCUUUCAAUUGUUCCUCAAAUGACAGCCCAUUUUAUAAGCCAAAGAUACACUAUUUCACUGUACCGAUGUGUUUUUCAGAUUUUUGUCACGCUAUUUAUGGGAGGAUCAGAGUGCCUGAUCCUUGCAGCCAUGUCCUAUGAUAGAUAUGUGGCUGUUUGCAGGCCUUUACAGUAUGCAACUCUUAUGAGGAGCAAAAUCUGUCACAUCAUAUCAAUAGCUGCCUGGUUCUGGUCUUCAGUGCAGGCUUUGAACUGCUCCCUCUAUGUCCUGCCUCUUCCCUAUUGCAAGUCCAAUGUGAUUAGCCAUAUUGCUUGUGAGUAUACAGCCCUCAUACAGUUGUCUUGUUCUGACAAUUCUGCAUUCGAAAGAUCAGUAUACCUCGGAACAUUCCUGGUCUUUCUUAUCCCUGUCUCAGUCAUCCUCGCUUCCUACCUGGCCAUUCUCCUGCAAGUCCUGAGAUCGCGUUCCUCUGAAAGGAGCCACAAAGCCUUGGGCACUUGCUUGUCCCACUUGUGCGUGGUGGGCCUCUUCUAUGGAGCAGCCAUUUUGACCUACAUGACACCCAUUUCAUCCUAUUCAGCACAGAAGGCCAUGAUCAAUUCUCUUUUUACUACCAUCAUUCCUGCCACAAUGAAUCCUUUCAUCUACAGCCUGAGGAACCGGGAUGUCUUGGCAGCCCUGAGGAAACUCUUUGCAAGUAUACUUCAAUUCAGUGAAUGAGGGUAUGGAUAAAAAGAAGGCUGCUGAUAUGCUUCUUUGCGAACCUAAUGGCCAAUUCAGUAUCUAUAAUGAAAAAAAAUGUCAUCAAAACAUUUGUCUAAAUAUAUUUUAAUUGAAAUUGGAAAUUGAAAUUGAUAGAAGUGGUGCAAAAGAUAGCUGUGAAAUAUAGGGCUUGGUUGGUCAUUUUUCAUUUCUUUUGCCUCAUAUGAUAGUUAUUUAGAUGCUUAGCUACUUCUUUGUCCUAGUGCUAUGGCUGAAAUUUGGGGACAAUAAAUAUGUUUUUUUACUAUACAAAAUUAUUGUAAAGACUACUAUAGAAAUGUAUGUAAAGUGCUUUGAUCACCUAAGCA